GACAUGAUAUUCGGGUCGACGAGGUUAAUUUUGUACAGGUGCUGGGCUCACAGCAGAGCCGUGAGCUCUAGAAAUUUUAAAUUAGGAAUUGUGCUCGGAAUGGGUGGAGCUGUGUCUUUAACAAGGUUACGGACAUUAAAAUGUGAAGCAGAGCAUCAAGAUCCAUGGCUUCUUGUUCCACAGAAAAAAGUCGUAGUGGAAAAAUCAACGAUGAUGGGCAUAAUAACUCUACCGAUUACAUUGAUCGUUGUCACUUAUAAAGCAAUAAGGAAAAUGUUCAGAUGCAUUAGCUUAUUCCUUCGAUUUUCUCCAAUUCUUCUCACUUAUCCUCUGACAAAAAUAGAAGCAUUCGAGAAUCUUUGGUGGAGAUAUCUUCUGUGGUCUCUUCAACAUUCUGGACCAACUUUUAUUAAAUUAGGACAAUGGGCAAGUACACGAAGGGACAUCUUCACAAAAAAGUUUUGUGAUCGGCUCUCCGUGCUUCAUAUUCAAACUAAAAACAAGAGAUUCUUCCGUGAUAAGAAAAAAGUAAUGAAUGAAGUAUUUGGAAAAGGAUUUAUGAAAUUGCAUGGAAAACAAGUAUUUCUCGAGAUUGAACCAUUUUCAAUUGGCUCAGGAUGUAUUGCACAAGUAUAUCGAGGUACUGUAGAUAUCUCUGAACUUGAGAAGGCUACUGGAAAGGAAUACCCAGAGCUUAAAGGACGUACAACACAACGGAUUGCUAUUAAAGUGGCUGAUAAAGAUGUUGAUAAGCAAAUUGAAUUGGAUCUUUCAAUUCUGAGAAGUGGAGCAUGGUUAAUGCAACAUAUUGUACCGGCUCUUUGGUAUUUGGAUCCAACUGGAGCACUUGAACAAUUUGAAAUGGUACUUCGGCGACAAGUUGACUUGAGAAAUGAGGCGAAGGCUUUGAAGAAGUUUUCAGACAAUUUUAGUUCAAAAGAAACUGGAAUUAAGUUUCCAAUUGUGCUUGGAUAUACUAAAAAUGUAAUUGUGGAAACAUUUGAAGAAGGAAUUUAUAUUAAUCGAUUGGUUGCAGAGGAAGGACAGCCAGAGUUUCAGCUAACCGCCCGACAAUCACAAGCAGUUCGACGGAGAAUUGCUUUGCUCGGAGCCCGAGCCCUUCUCAAAAUGAUUUUCGUCGACAAUUUUGUGCAUGGUGACCUGCAUCCGGGAAACAUUCUGAUUCGAUUCAAUGAUAAUGAAGAUAAUCUCAGAGGAGUACACAAGGCGCCGAAAGCAGACAGUGCACUUAAAAGAGGGCUGGAAUGGUUUCGUUCACUGGUAAACUUGCGUUCAGCUCCAAGAAUUCGUUUCACCGACUCUCCGGAUCUUGAAGAUGAGCCUACUCUGGUCCUUCUAGACACUGGAAUUGCCAUUUCCGAAACACCGAAAAAUUUGCACAAUUUGAAAUCGCUUUUCAGAAGUGUUGUGGAGAAACGGGGAUACGAUGUCGGGAAGCUUCUUCUUCAUCAAUCCCCCUUCCAACAGUGCAAUGAUCCGGAAAGGUUUUGCCGACAAGUGGAAAAGCUUGUGUUGAAGGCCAGAAGCGAAAAGAGCUUGAGAACUCUCAAUAUCUCGGCACUUCUCUCAGAAAUGUUCACAAUUGUGGCGGAGCACAAAGUGGAGCUCGACUCGGCUUUCACUACAGUAAUCCUGUCUGUAAUGGUUCUCGAAGGAUUCGGCCGAUCUCUGGAUCCGGAUCUUGAUCUCUUCCAAUGCGCUAGACCGUUUUUAUUAAAUGUUCUCGUAUAGUGGACUUUUUUGCGAAAAUCGUCCUUUUCAAUUGUACAGUUUCAGAGUAGCUUUAAGAUUUUAUAGUUUUAGUAUUUAGAGAUCUUCUUUUUGUUUCAUUGGGUUUUACGCAUUUUUCAACUGUUGCUAAUAAAAAUGUUCAACAAUA